AUGCUCUCCAUUCUAGACAACUCCCUCCGUGUCGUCAACUUUGCGUUCCUCGUCAUCGUGCUUGGUCUCGUCGGUUCCCUUAUCGCCACACAGAGCGGUGGCAACCCACGUGUGAACUUCUGUAUCUUCACGGCCACGUUCGGGAUAGUGUUCGACUCGUUCUAUGCAGUGCUCGCCAACCUUUUCUCGGCGUUCGCCUGGCCCAUCAUCCUGGUCACGUGGGACUUCCUGAACUUUGUGUUCACGUUCUCUGCGGCCACCGCGCUUGCCGUGGGCAUCAGAACGCACUCGUGCACCAACCAGCUGUACUUGGACUCCAACAGCAUCACACAGGGCUCCACGGACCGUUGCCGUAAGUCCCAGGCCGUUGUUGCGUUCCUAUACUUUUCGUUCUUCAUCUUUCUGACGAAGCUCGUGCUCUCGCUCAUCAACGUGUUCUCCGCGGGCGCCUUUGGCUCCGGCUCCACCAGAAGAGCCACCGUCGGCGUGCCCACCAUUUCCCAGGUGUAA